CCAGGGUGACCGGAUAUGGGGAGACGACGGAGCGGGGAGAUCGAUAAAAGGGUCGGGAAAGCCGAUUUUGCGCAUCUGCCCCGUGGCUGCCUUUCCAUCUACUCAGACCGUCGCCGAGCCACAAAGACGUCACAUAACAUAACACGUCGCAUCAUGAAGAUUUACUUAAUCGGGUCAAGUCUGUGUAUAGCCACGAUGGCCGCUUGUAUGGACAUGACCGGCCGUGAAUGCGGAGAUCUAGGACCGCCACCGUCUAUACUGGACAUGCCACCGCCUCCGAUGCCAUCAUUUUUAGCCGCCGUCCCUAGCGAUCAGUCUGGAAGCAAUGAAUCAAACUCGCCAAAUAAAGAGAUGCUGAUGGAAACCAAUGAACUGGAACCUGGCAAACCGUGCAAAGCCAUGUGCGAUACAGAUCAAGGGGUGGGAUUUGUCGAAUUACCGCAGCAAGGACCUAUUAUCGAGACAUACUCCUGGUGGAUGCUGCUGUCCACAUGCUUGCUCGGAGUGAUGCUGGUCGGUACUGUUAUACUGGUGGUAAUCGUCCGGCUGAGAGAUAAGAAACGUUGGAACAAAUCGGACUUCAGUCCGGAACCAAAGAAGAGUCCCCCACUGUACGACACGAUCGACAUAUCUCCAAAGACGUUUUGGGCCACGUUGUCGCCCACGGGCAACAUCGACACGACGGCCACGACCCGGCGACCAGUGCACCACCAUCCGCAGACCAUAGCCAACCCGAACUUCGAGAACGGCGCCUACUAUCCGUACGAACAGCAACACGAAUACCAGCAGAUCACUACCAUCCGCCGCGCCAUGCCCGAGUACCAGACCAUCAGACCUCACGUGUCGUCGCCCACGCGCAUCGAACAUCCAAACAUGCCGCCGUUGAAUCUGUACAGAUCGAUACGUCGGAUUUCGGACUUGGAAUCGCCGUGAACCGACCCGGCGGACGGCGGUCGCGCGGUCGCUGAUAAUCAUAAUGUCAUGGAUCGAUACGAUAAUAUCGUGUGCGUGCAGUCGCAUUUUAGAAAUCCCGUCGGAGGACGACGACGACAAUAUUAUUAAAUAAUAAUAUUUUGAUCGUUAUCCAAAGCCGACGCCGAACCGUGACUCUCUGGUAGAUGUCGUCCCAAUAUAUUUUUUUAUUUUUUUUUUUUUUUUUUCAAGUCGUGGAAGUAUUCGUGUUUACAUACAAUUCGUAUACUCUCAUCCUGCUCGGUUACCCCCGAAAUCAUUUUUAUUUGACCACCUCACUCUGUGUAUCUGCGUGUGUGUGUGUGUAUACUUUAUAAAUACAUUUGACAAAAAAAAAAUAAAA